AUGGGGCAUGGGGCGGGGGGGGGCGGGGAGGGCCUCGCACUAGUACAAGGCAGUUUUUCGCACUCUCAACUUUCUCUUCCAACAUCUUUGGAUGAGUUGGCGCGAUUCUUCACUGGAACUCAGGCUGUCAAGGCGCAGCUCCUGGCUGGUGAUGCUGCAGCAGCACUGCGUGCAGCGAAGGAGGAGCUCGGUUUCGGCGUUUUGGUUGUGCUGUUUCAAAAACAGCCAGUAGCUUGCGAGAGCAAAGCUGCAGAUGCUUGCAGGCGCGUGCUUUGGCCAGAGAGCUGCGCGAUCGGAAGGCAGAGGCCGAGGCGCAGCAGUGAAGACAGAGAGAUGCAGGGGAGAUGCAGUGGGAGGUGUUGA